AUGGAGGAGGCGGGUUGCGGCGCGCAGUUCCGCGCUGCCGUUCAGGUUAUCCAGGGGCUUCCCCGGAGCGGUUCGUACCGUCCCUCCUAUGAGGAGAUGCUGCGUUUCUACAGCUACUACAAGCAGGCGACGGCGGGGUGCUGCCAAGGGCCAAGGCCUGGCUUCUGGGACCCCAUCGGCCGGUACAAGUGGGAUGCCUGGCACAGCCUGGGGAGGAUGUCCAAGGAGGAGGCGAUGGCUGCUUAUGUGGCCGAGAUGAAGAAGGUGGCCCAAAAGAUCAUUGACACGGUGCCCAUGGACGAGACGACAGAGGAGAUGUUUGGGUACUUCGAGCCACUCUAUGAGGUGAUCCAUGACAUGCCUCGGCCCCCCGAGUCCUUCUUCAAGAGGAAAGGGGGUGAGCAGGAGCGGACUACUGACCCCAGCCAGGUCGACCCAGUGAGCAGCCCGGCUCCAGAGCGCCCAGAAGACACCCUGCCCAAGGAGCAGCGGAACGGGCAGCACGUGCCAGGAGGUGGGCUGGCUCCUGCCACCGAGGCACUUGAGGGUAGCCAGGUGACCAGCGACUCCGAGGGGGACGUGUACUGCGAUACCCUGGAGCAGAUGGAGCCUGAGCAGGCUGGGCAGCCACUGGGUCUCUCCCUGAAGGGAAUCCAGGCUGGGCCUGAGCCCCCCACGCCCCACAGCGCUGGGCAGGGAGAGCGGCGAGAAGGCAGAAGACUAGAGGGGAGGAGCAGCGCUGGCCUCGCAGCCCUUGGCUCCGAGAGAGAUCUCCAGCUCACAGGGGGAGAGCAGGAUGCCGGGAGUGCCCCCGAGCUCACCCAGGGGCUGCUGGCAGAGCUGGACGCCCGCGUGGCCGGCACUGUCCGAGCCCUGCAAGACGACAUGCAGCAAGUGCUGGAGCGCCUCAGCGAGCUGGAGACGCUCACCUCUGCGCAGGGGGACGCAGCUGGGACCGACCCUGGCCAGCCGCUUGCUCCACAGGCAACAUCCCCGUGGCCCCUGACCGUGUCCCCACGCACCCUGCUCUUCCUCGUCACCUGGCCCUUCAUCACCCAGUGGCUGCUGCACCGCUGGCAGGGCAGGAAGAGGUGA